UUUUCUUGCUUCUUUCUUGCACUCUUUCUUUGUGACUUCUUCUUCUACAAACUCUCUUUGAUUUCUUUGCUUGAGUGACUGCCACAGCACUAUCCCAAUUUGCAUGAACUUUUUCUGUUUGUCUUCUUCGCCAUCUAAGAAUAUUAUAUUAAUGGCAUAUGGUCUUGUUCCUCUGCACUUCUUCUUCUCUUUCUUGGGUUCUUAGUCACUUUUUUCUGUGUUUUUUAGUCUGAAGAACAAGUUUCAAGAAAAGGGUAAAAACAAACCCAAGAUUUGAGGUUGGUUUUUCAAAUUUAGUUAGUUGGAUCAUGGCAAUUUGCUGUGAUCUUGAAGUGGAUGUCAAUGGAGAAGAAACUUUCAUGGUGAAUAAGAAGCUUAUAUCUUCAUACUCGGGAAGAUUAAGCAAAUUAUCUGGUAAAUCAACUGGUUCAGCAAGAACUUUCAAAGUGAUAUUCAAUGACUUUCCGGGUGGGGCCGAAAGUUUCGAGUUUAUGUCUAGAUACUGCUACAACAAUGGUAGAAUAGAUAUAACUCCCUACAAUAUUUCACUCCUUCAUUCUGCUGCACAGUACAUGGAAAUGUACAGUUCUGUUUCUGGAACUCAAAAUUUGUCGGAACAGACUGAGAAAUCACUUCACGAGAUCAACGAGUGGACAUGGUCUGAAAUUCUUAUUUGUAUCAAGCAGAGCCAAGGCUUAUUUUCGGAUGCCAAUUCUUUAGCUGUUGUUAAGAGAUGUAUGGAUUCCCUAGUUGGUAGGAUGGCUUUAUCUAGCGAAUCGAGUUCAUCUCUGUCUACGUCUUCCCCUGAUAGCUCCAGCAUUCGGUUUUCGUGUGACACUAGGAGUACGGAGAGUUUGCGAAACGGCUUCUCUCGAGCAACUUGGUGGUUUGAGGAUCUUUUGGUUCUGAGUUCUGAAUUUGUUGAAAUGCUGAUAAAAUCAAUGGUGUCUCAGAAGUUAGAUCACGCCAUGAUCGUUAGGUUUCUGGUUUAUUAUCAGAAAAACAAGUCCAAUACAGGAACGUCCGACGAGAAGCAACGAAUCAUUGAAAUUGUUAUUGAAAUGCUAUAUAUUCUUGAUUGGAAAUCUAUUUUGUGCAAGAGUCUUUUUGGGAUUCUUCGAGUUGCUUUGAAGUUGAAUAUAAGCAAAAGUUGCAGGAACAAAUUGGAGAAAAUGAUAGGUUCUCAGCUGGAUAAGGCAACUCUUGACAAUCUGCUUAUCCCGUCUCCAUACGGGACGACUUACUUAUAUGAUACGAAUUUAGUCUUAAGAUUUCUAAGAGCACUUCAGCAUGGAGGAAACUGUCAAGUAACUUUGAUGCGAUUAAAGAAUGUUGCUCGGCUGAUUGAUUUGUAUAUAGCAGAAGUAUCUCCAGAUCCUUGUUUAAAACCUUCAAAGUUCUUAGCAUUAGCCAUGUCCUUGCCUGACUCUGCUAGAGACUCUUACGACGAAAUAUAUCGUGCCAUUGAUAUUUAUCUAGAGGUGCAUGCCGGAUUAUCGGAGGAAGAAAAAACGAAGAUAUGUUGCGCAUUGAACUAUGAGAAGCUAUCAGCUGAAGCUUGCAUACACCUUGCACAGAAUAAGAAAUUUUCAUCAAGAAGUGCAGCCUUAGCUCUGAGAUUUCAGCAGCUCAAGCUCAAGAACUUACUUCAAGGAGCCAACUCAACAUGUCAUGACGGCUCGCCUAGUGAAGGUAGCGAUCAGAUUGUUGUUUACGCCGGAAAACUUGACCUUCCAGAUGAUAGCGAGAAACUUAAGGCGCAUUUGCAAGGAAUGCAAUGCAGGGUAAUAGAAUUGGAGAAAGUUUGCAGGAAAAUGCAAAGCCAGAUGACAAAAAUUAUGAAGUCAAGAGUGGGAAGCCAUAGUAAUGCUAGAUCCUUACCCAAGCUAUGUUCAUGAUAUUGUUAAAUGUUUAUUCAAGUCCUUCAAUUUGUAAAUAGCAUGAAAAUAUAUUAAUUUUAAUUUUUUUUUUGUUUCUAACAGUUUGUUCAUGCAAAAUCUGAAAUGUAAAAUGGAUGGGAUAUUGGUUGUACAGCUAAGAUAGUUACAGAUCAAAGAGAGUAGACUUUUGAGGGUUUUGUGA